AUGCAGAACCUCUUUGAGCAGAACUUGGACAUGGCCACGGCUCUGCUCGCUGGGGAGAAGCUGAAGGAGCUGAUUCUGCCUGGCUCCUCUCAGGAUGAGAAAGGUGGCGCCCUUGCUGGUCUCAUGGUACAGCUCAAACUGGAGCUGCCCUUUGACCGAGUUGUCACCAUAGGAACGGUCAUCAUCCCCAUCCUGUUAGUCACUCUGGUCUUCACACGGAACUUUGCAGAGGAGUCAAUAUACUGCUACACCCCGCACAACUUCACGCGUGACCAGGCCCUCUACGCCAGAGGCUACUGCUGGACAGAGCUACGGGACGCCAUACCUGGUGUUGACCCUGAACUCCGGCCGUCAUUGUUCGAGCACAAGUUUCUGCCAUAUGCCCUGCUGGCAUUUGCAGGUAUCAUGUACAUCCCAGCACUGGGCUGGGAGUUUCUUGCCUCCACACGCCUUACCUCUGAACUCAACUUCCUCCUCCAAGAGAUAGACAACUGCUACCACCGUGCAGCCGAGGGGCGAGCGCCCAAGAUCGAGAAGCAGAUCCAGUCCAAAGGUCCAGGAAUCAGUGAGCGGGAGCGGCGUGAGAUCAUUGAGAAUGCUGAGAAGGAGAAGAGCCCUGAGCAGAACCUCUUUGAGAAAUAUCUAGAGCGACGAGGGCAAAGUAACUUUUUAGCCAAGCUAUAUUUGGCAAGGCAUUUAGCCAUUAUCUGCCUCAGUUCUAUUCCCAUCACCUACCUAAGCACAUACUACGCCUGGCAGCGGCAGAACGAGUUCACCUGUGCGCUGGGCGAGCCGCCGGACAUCAGCAGCAUCCCCGAGCUGCGGCUAAGCGUGAACUGCAAGCUGCCAGCCGUGCAGCUGCAGCGCAUCAUGGCUGCGGUGGACAUUGCGCUGCUCUGUACCAUGAACCUCAUUAUUUUAGUGAACCUACUACAUCUGUUUGUGGUGCGAAAGUCCAACUUCGUCUUUGACAAGCUGCACAAAGUCGGCAUAAAGACACGGCGGCGUUGGCAGAAGUCGCAGUUUUGCGACAUUAACAUCCUGGCUAUGUUCUGUAACGAGAACAGAGAUCACAUCAAGUCUCUCAACAGGCUGGACUUUAUCACUAAUGAGAGUGACUUGAUGUAUGACAAUGUGGUGCGACAGUUGUUAGCUGCAUUAGCACAGUCCAACCAUGAUGCCACACCAACUGUUCGAGACUCUGGGAUCCAGACAGUUGACCCAAGCAUCGAUCCCUCUAUACUGGGGGUGGGAGAGCUGGGAGGAGAGACUGUUGUGAAAAGACCCCGGAAGAAGAUCAAGUGGAUCCCAACAUCUAACCCUCUGCCACAACCCUUUAAAGAACCCUUAACACUGACUCGACUGGAAAACAGCAUCAAAGCAGAUAAACCUAAACCUUUGCGGCGGAAGACUGUUGCAGAUAACUUCAUUGCCCCUCUACUGGACAGCAAGAGCACACAACAUCCACCCACAGCUUCAGAAACAAACAAUGGGAUGGAGAAGAAGCACACUCGUAAUUUCUCCCUGGAUGUCCAUCCAUAUAUGGCAAACAUUCAGAAGCCUAAAUCAGAGAUGACCAAUCCAGAGCCACCAGCUGCAGAAAACUCUCUGGACACUGUGUACAUCGAGGGCACGCACUCUGUGGUUCACGUCUCCUCUGCUCUCACAGAAAAGAAUGAUGCUCCUCCUCAGUCCACCACCACUACCUUCUCCACAGUGACCCUCCCCACCACUUCCUAUAUGAACGGGGGGACAGCUAACUUGCCUCCGACCGACUCCCCCAAGACCAAGGAACCUCUCAAACAGAACCCAGAGCCUGAGAGCCAGCCUGUGUCUUUCAGCUGCAACCCCUCACACCCGCUUCUCAGCAUCCACCACACCCUGUACGAGGAAGAGGAAGAGGAGCAAGGCCACAGAGACAAAUUGGUGGAGAGACCUGCUGAGCUCAUUGCUGCCGGAGAGUGCUGAAGACCCACAUAUCUAAGUACCUAUGGUAACACACUUCAGAGUUUGCACAUAUUUCACUUCUUUCAUCUCUUGACCUCAGCACCAAGUCCUUAGGAGGGUAAACUGUGUGGCAGCACUGCACUGACCACCUCAUCUGAGAGCACAACCCCUCACGAUGCAGCACACACCAUCCUUUCACCUACUGUGCUUUAGGUGGAACCAGUGAGGUCAGAGAUUUGCACUGUCCACCGGGGAGCUUGUGGAGUACAAUGGACAAGUCGAGAAAUGUGUGGCGUGCACAUACAGGUAUCUCAAAAAAUGUUCCUCUCCAACCACAGGAUCAUUAUAGUGAAACAUAUCAAGAACAAGAGGUCAUUUCCAUGACUAAAAGCAAAACUUGGUGCUCAGUUGAUUGGAAUGUUUUCCUGUGACAUUCCAAAGAUUUUGUGGGGGGAAGCGUAUAAAAUAUAACUUCUAAUGACAACUGUCAUGUUUUAUAAACCUCACAAUACAUGUCAAACAUCAAACACAACUUCCCACAAGUUCACCUUGUUUUAAUGUGUGUCCUUCUUUUUAUUGGCAACUUGUUUGUGGAUUUCAACAGGUAUCUGACGCAAUAUAUUUGUCCCUAAUUAUGCAAAUAUUGUUGUUGCAAUAAUAUGCUGUAUACAGAACACAGAAACACAUUAGCUCACCAUAAACAUCAUAUAAUUCUACAACUGUAACAUCCUGUCUUACCCUGCUUUGUCCUUGUUCCUGUCUGUCUGCCUUUGUUUGUCGUCCCUCAUUUUUCUUGUUUCAUGUGCAUUUAUUGUUUUGGUCUGUCUCCGCCCCAGUCAUCUGUCUCACCUGAGUGUUGUUUGUAACCCCACCCUCUCAUUAGCCCCAGGUGUUUCUCAUGUGUUCUUUGUCUAUUUAUUCCCCUUGGUUUGGUCUGUUCCUUGCUUGAUGUUGUUUGUAGUGUGUUUUGCUGAUCCUUAAUUCGAGCUGUUAUAUGUAGUUUGUUCUCUGUUCUGUUCUUUUAGUGGUUCUUUUCAUUUCUUUAGUACUUUCCUUACUUUGCUUUUCUUUUGUUUCUGUUUUUUUACUUUGCUGCCUUCUCAAUGGCCAACAAUAAAACUGCUAGGUCGCACUUGCAUCCUGCCUUCUCGUCUAUUCGGAUUCCAACACAUUACAACAAACAAAGGAUGAGACCGUUUUUUUCACCACUGUUGUGAGCUUCUUGGGCAUUUUAUCCACCUCCUAUGUGUGCAUUUGCUCACUAGGUGUUAUCCUUCCAGCAGGAAUCCACAUCAGGAUAUAUCUUCGGUAUGACCUAACCAUGAUGAAUUUACUUGCAAGAAAUGGGUACUAUAUUUAUAUCUAAUGAAACAUAUAUGAGGGCAUCAGUACUUACUGAAACUGCAUGUGAUCUAAUGCACUUAAGGGAAUUCCUGCUUGUUAACAGGAAAACCUGGAGCCACACAGGAAAACUGCCACCUCUCCAGCACAAGAGCCAGCUGACUUAAAAGGCUGUUCAAACACCUAUCACAAUGAACUCAUGAAUACGUGUUACACCAUCUUUACAGAGUCUGCUAACAGCAUUUGAAAUUCAUUGAUGCACCUUGGUCUGACACACAUAAUUACAAAGACAGUAAUUCACUGAUUGUGAAGAAAUACAAAGUAAUCACUAGUUAUCAUACGGCAUGGCAUAAUAAAGCAUACCUGUAGUGUUAUUCCAAGUAUAGAAACAUGAAAAUCCAGCUGCCCAAUUCCUUUUAACCAGCAUGUUCACUGAGGUCCGUUUAACAUUGUCUUUGUAGUCAGAGAUCAGAGGGAAGUUGGAUAUGUACGCAGUAAGGCUGUCAAAGGAUUAAAAUAAUCAUGAUUAA